GCAAGCACUGUAGGAGAAGAGUUUGUUUUAAAGUGAGUAUGUCCCUCAGUGAUCCACCGUACGAGCCUCCUUCUGUCUCAGAGCUGCAGGAGUUCCUGCUGGCAGACAGACGACCUACAGGACAUGUCAAUCAAGUCUGGCCUAACCUUUACAUAGGAAACGAGGUGGCGGCUCGUGACAAGGACACUCUCCACAGUCUGGGCAUAACUCACAUUGUAAAUGCUGCUCACCGACCCACCAACCCUGGCGCCGGCCCCUGUUUCUACGUCAACACUGGCCCACGUUUCUACAGAGACAUGACAGUGGAGUAUUAUGGGGUGGAGGCUGAUGAUGCAAUAGAAUUCAUCCUUAGUCCUUUCUUUUACCCGACAGCACGAUACAUCGGAGCUGCACUGGCCAUAGGAGGACGGGUGUUUGUCCACUGUCUGAUGGGCGUGAGCCGCUCUGCAACAUUGGUGCUUGCCUUCCUGAUGAUUGUUGAGGGCCUGAGGCUGCCGCAGGCGGUGGCUGCUGUCAGGCCGCACAGAGACAUCUGUCCCAACCCAGGCUUCCUGCUGCAGCUCCGCAGCCUCGACAUGGGCCUGGAGAGGGAGAGGAGGAGGCGUCGACAGGCCCAAACACUGUAAAGACACCCGCAGACACCCGCAGACACACACAUCAACAUAUGCACACAGACACACACAAAUAUUUGUUGCUACAGAGGACAAUCCUAGGAGGAGAAC